AUACAUUGAUGUAUGCUAGAUUAACGCAAAAAUCUAUCCACUGUAUGUAACAUAGGGGUUAAGUGAAAGGCAUGCGCCGAUAAAACAAAAGCAUGGUAAGAUCAAAUAAGCAGUGCAGUUGUACAAAUCAGAAGGUCGUCUGUUGGCUUUUAUUUGUAGGGUAAUGAAAAGGAACGCGGGUCGCAGAGGUCUGCUAGCAACCUAACUAAUGAGAGACAAUAGUUUGUCUUUAAACUACGUACUCGAUAUGUGAACGUAGGUUAUAUAGAGAACAUGGAAACGCAAGCGUUCCUUUAUGUUAUAUGGGAUUAUGUCAUAACAAUAAAAAUUUUGACGGAGACUUACAGGAGCGACUCGUAAUAAAAAAUUUUGAUUUUAAGAAUUGACUGAUUACUUUAUACAUAUGUAUAAUGAUUGGUUUGUUUCGUGAUAAAGAAUUAACUUGAAUAAAAAAAAUAUGAAGAGCAAAUACUGGAUGAAUUAAUUUGCUUUGGUAGUGUAAGGGUAAAUAUUAGAAUAAUUUUGAAUGAAAAAAGUGUGAUAAAUGUUCAUGGAUUUAAAUUAAACUUUAUUUAAUAAUUACUAAUGCAGUGAAAUUUUGUGCCGGUAUUAUUUUAUUUUUAUAAAGAAAGGGAUUUACAUUUCCUGGAUAUAAUGAUGUGCCUAAGGGACCAGCAAACAGGGUUCCUCAGACCCCCGGACAGAUGUCAUCCUUACGACUGCUUCCCGCCGACGCUAGCAGGACCACGCCCGCCCCCUGGUGACUGGUUUCCGCCUUAUGAAGGAUAUCCGCCGGAUGAAUUUCAUCCGUUUAUUGAGGCUUUACUGCCUCAUGUGAAGUCCUUCUCCUACACAUGGUUUAACCUACAGGCAGCUAAAAGAAAACACUUCAAGAAACAUGAGAAACGAAUGUCAAUGGAGGAGGAGCGCAGGGUCAAGGACGAAUUACAGAAUGAAAAACCAGAAAUCAAACAAAAGUGGGCUUCCAGGCUCCUUGCUAAACUACGAAAAGACAUCACACAGGAAUGUCGGGAGGACUUUGUGCUUAGUAUAUCGGGUAAAAGACCGCCAUUAUGUGUGUUAAGUAAUCCCGAUCAAAAAGGAAAAAUGCGGCGUAUAGACUGUUUAAGACAAGCUGACAAAGUGUGGAGACUGGAUUUAGUAAUGGUGAUAUUAUUUAAAGCUAUUCCCUUGGAAAGCACAGACGGAGAGCGGCUUGAAAAGUCGCCAGACUGUUUACAUCCAAACCUGUGCGUGAAUCCACACCAUAUAUCAGUAUCUGUUAGAGAAUUAGAUCUGUACCUUGCCAACUUUAUACAUAGUUAUGUUCCGGACCCUCGGGAUCCACGUGCUGAUUAUCAAGAAAUACCUAUGAAUCAUCAUGACCAGGAUAUUAAAGUGCCAGGCAACAUUCAUUCAGGAGUUUCAGGCAAUGACAGCAUUAUGGCCACGGGGGUCUUCAGUGCUAGAGAAUUAAUGCGGGUCACACGACACCCCUUAGACCCGUUAGACGGUGACCAAGACCAGUAUGAGGAGGAAGCUAACGCAUCUAUUAUGAUGCCUCCAAAUGGAACCCAUCCGAUGUUGCCACCACCAAAGAUUGACAGCCCUAGUUACUAUAACUACAGUCCCCAUCCUCAGGACCCCAACCAUCACAUGGUUGCCAUGACGGCGCACCACGGUGGCAUGCCAAAUGGUCAGUCCCAACUCAGUCCCUCAGGUAAUCCUCACAAACGAUUGAAACGUUCGACUAUGAGCUCUAUAUCAUCAGCGGACGAAGAUCAAGAGAGCGUUGGUGAUGAUACGGAACAGAUGUCAACGUACUACAAAGCCAGCGGGAUGGCCGGUCAGCAGGGUUGGCAAGACCCAAACAUGGAUCCAGGUCUUGUAACCGCACAUUCAUCUACGAAGCUGCAUUCCCCUCAUAUCAUACAAACAUUGAAAACCAAAUCUACUGGGGAUGGUAUAGGGUUUGCACCUGUUAUUUCCCACCAUGAUGGCAGAUCGGAUCAUGUAGCCACACCUCCCAGGCCUCUUAGUGACCAUGUAGGCCAACCAGUGGAGUCCGGUCACGAGAGUGAAACCCCACCACAUCAUAUAAGGGCCACAGAAAUCUCAGACAGCGAUGAGGAAGAUAAGGAUGUGGCAAGAAGUUCACGGCACGCAUCUGUGAUCAGUGCUAGUUUUCAGCCGAUCUUCACCACUCUAGUUGGUAUGCAGCCCAUGUCAUUAAAUUCGAGUCAUGGUCAUGGCCAGAUGAAGUAUCCUGACCAGCCAGGACAUAGUGGUCACAAUAGUGACACUUUCCAGGAUUUUGUUUCUCUAGUGUGCCAGGAGGCCAAUAAUCCCUCACAGCAAGGCCAGUCAACGCCUCCCUCGCCACCUGGGAAGAGCUCAAGCAAGAUGCCUCACUAUUACACCCCGGGGAUGUUACCCCCACCCCCUCCUCCUCCCACACUGGCUCGUCCGGUCGCAAUACUGAGAACGUCAGAUGGGACAGUUAUCAGUACUAACAGUUCUACUUCAAUGUCAAGCUCCAGUAUUAGCAGCAGUGUUGGUCAGGUAGUGAGUAAUUCGCCUGGUACCCCACCAGCCAACAGAUCUAUAAUGUCUAGUCCUUUCUCAGUGCUACAGAGGCCGGAACACGGCUUUGCACAUAUACACCCACAGGGGCAUCAGUUAUUCUCGUAUCCAAAUAUCAGUCCAGUCAAUGCAUUCAGUGGAGUUAUCAGUCCAACUACACUAAGUUUGAUCUCUUCGCCCGUAGCAACGCCACGUACGACACCAAGGUCGACGCCAAUACCUCGUUGGACCACUCCAUUUGGAAUACCGCUGGAUGAUAACAUGGACUAUAACAGUAUGCUUGCCACAAUGAUGCAUGUUAACCCUGAUGAGGGUCUGAUGAACGAAGAUCGAAUAUUUCCAGUGAUUCAUAACUCAGAGGGUAUGGAUCAUACUAACGGAAAUAGCAACAGUAACAGUAACAACACGGGUAAUGGAGGGGCGGGGCAGUCAGCUGGCCCCUCCCAUGUUCCACCCCCCUCUCACCAGGGGCCUGCUACACCAGGGCCACCAACACCAAAACAGCCAGCACAGGGUCAACAGCAAGGCACCUGACAAUCACAGUAAUGGUGUAGCCACUAGGGGGCAGGACAGUCAAACUGUAGGGGGUGGGGCUAAUUGUCACAGGGGUGGGGUUAAUUAUCACCAUGAUGUUUAAACAAUACACCAAUCAAAUCUGAAAUAUCAAGACUAUAUUUUAUCAUCAUGGUUUUUGCUGCAAUGUCUAGUAUUAUGAAACAAAGUUUUACUUAUUUAUUUUUUGUUUUGAUAAAUAUUGAAUGCAAAUAAAUAUACUCAUGUAUUUUAGGAAGUUAAUUAAGUUUAUUUUUGUAUCUUUUAUUUAAAAAACGAUGGAUUUGUCAAUGGAAUUCGCAUUCAACAAAUAAGUGGUUGUUUGUGCAGAUUUUUAUUUGAACACACAAUAUAAUAGACCAUGUAAAAAUUAUGUCUUAAAUUUGUUGUUAUCAUCAUCAUGGUGUGUUUUAUUGUGGGUGGGGUACAUAAAAAUUGAGAUUGUGCACAAUGAAGUGCUGUGAAAGGCUGUGAUAGAUUAACCAUUGUUGUUAUUAUUUAUUUUUUAUUAUUUUUCUUCCCCUUUCUUAAUAAUGAAAGCCUAAGGUCAGUUGACAGUUUUUUCUUCUCUUAUUUAUAUUGUUACUUUGUUUUAUUUCUUUCUUGCAAUUGGAUUUAACAAGAGCAUUUGAAUGAUUUAGAGAUCAGAGGUUGAUUUAGUAUUUUGUUAAGUGUAUAAUUAUAUUUGGUAAGACUAGAGGUGAUUUAUUCAUAUAUUUGCAUGCAUUGUUACAAGCUGUAGGAAUAAGGCAUAUUGUUUUAGCUUCAUAUAUGCAUAUUACUAUACGAUCAUGCCCUAAACAAGUUGUAACAUUCUACAGAUUUAAACAAUUUUGAUGACUGAAAAAGAUGAGACAGUAUGCACCCCAAAAAUAACUUUAUAGAAAUUUAAAUGAUACUGUUUACUGAGUUGAGUUAAGUGUUAUUUAUUCACAUUUUCCUUUUAUUUUAAUAUUGUAUAAAAUUAUAUUACUUAAAUGUGCAAAAUUUGUAUUACUGUCCUGUGAAAGAAUAUGACAAAAAAAAGUUGAUGCUUUUCACGUGAAGAUGAGAUCUUGGUGCACAUAUUUUCUUUCCAUAAAUUUUUGAAAAACAGUACAGUAAACAAUGUAUACUUUUGUACUCAGUUUUCAGUAUCAUAUAAAUUGUUACAUUCAAAUAAUAAAAAUGUUAUUUGUUUACAAGUUUUGCACUGAAACCAUUUUAUUUGUUGAUGUUCAACAUACUUAACUAUGCAAAAGCAAUUUAAUAACCAGUUUAUUUUCUGUAACUUUUCUUUUUUCAUUGAUUCAAAUAAGAUUGUAUCCAGAGGAAAAGAACAUUUUUCUUGAAACAUGUUUUGCCUGUAAGGAUUUUUUCUUAUUCAAGCAAAUGUAGCUGUAAGUAAAUAACGAUUUUUUCUAAAAAGUCAUCAUAUUCUAUCGAUACACCAAUUUAAUGUUUAACUAACAAUAUUAAUAACCACCUCCCUCUUAAAUCUGUAUAUUGGACUUGACCUCUUUUAAGUUUGGAACUUUUCAUUGAUAUUUGAAGGUGUUUUAAUAUUAAACUCUUCUAAUUAAGCAGUCCGGACAGCAGCAAUUUGAAAUAAAGAUAUUGAAAUCCCUUUAUAUUGAAAUGGACAGUUCCAUAUAAAAAAACAGGGCAAACCCAUUACACAAAUUCAGGGUGGUUAGUGUUUUGAUAAUAUGAUGACUGUAUUAAGUAGAUCAAUUAACACAUUUAUACAUUUUCAAAAUCAACACAUCCUGUACUAUGCAUAAAAUAUGCACAUUGUGAAUGUCUUAUGUUACACAAACAUGUUAUGUAUACACAUAUGUAUGUCAUAUUUCUCAUUGUUUUGUUAGGGAGAAAGAAAAUGAACGACUUUGAUGAUUUUCUUAAUGUCUGUUUCUGUUUGCUAACUUCUAUACAAUUUGCACAACUGCUGGGAUAGAGCAACGUUACAGUAAAGGUUUUGGUAUGUUGCUUGAAUAAAUUACAUUUAAUAAUAAAGCAGACGCGCAUACAAAAAUAUUAAUGAAACACCUGGUGCCUUAAUUGACACACUUUUAUUUAAAGUCUUUUCAAAAAAGAAAAUUGGUGUAAGAUGAUUGGGUAAAGAAUAUUUGAAUCAAUCAAGUUUUAGUUGAUACAAAAAGAUAGAAGUUAUAGUGUAACUGUUAUAACAUUUUUGAAAAAAAUAGUAAGGGCUAUGAACCUUUCAGUUCAGGUUAAAGCCACACCUAACGAGCCAAUGGUUUAAAGUUACUUGACCCUAGUCAGCGGUAUGUUUAAAGUUGAAAACUUCAAGUCAUUUGAUCCUAAUGAAUAAUAAUCCUAAUAAUUUAUUGAAUGCUAUUUAUUUUAUGUCCAUGACCAUGCUAUUGUUAAAUUGCAUUUGGUUAGAUUGCACUAGGUUAGAUUUUUACUUGAAAGAUGCAUCCAUUUGUCUUAAAUGCUCUAACGUAAUACAAACAUCCGGCAAAAAAUGUACGCUAGGCCUCUGAAUACAAUGUCUUGUGUGAGACUUUGAAAUCAUUAAUUGAUUUGAACUUUAACCUGUAGAUAUGAUUAAUAAAUAGUUUAAUGUUAUAGAUGUUAUGCCUCUGAAAACAGAAUUUAUAUCAUCUUGGUAGCCAUUCUGACAUCAUAAUGUAGUAAGGGUUAAAUAUAUUAGAGAUCUUGAUCGGAUACCAAGAUCUGGACUGGGAACCAGUGAUAAAACUCAGCUGUCUGAUUGGGUAAUUCUUUGAUAUCGGCCAAUCAUCAGUGUGAUUUCUGACACUGGUUCCUAUUUGCAGUUUUAUAAAGUAGUUAGUACGCUUCAAUAUUACAUUUU